AUGGAUUCAGAUGAUUUAGAGAAAAUAUUGGAAUCAUCAUUAGAAGAUGAAAAUAUUAUUAUUUCUGACCCAUCAUUAUUUCCAUGUAAAUUAAUUUGGAUUGUUUCUAAUAAUUCUUAUAUUACUAAACAUCAAAUUAUCGCUAUUACUACUCCCAUUGAUACUACUACUAAUACUCUUACUAAUGGUACUAAGGAUACUGUGCAUACUGAGGAAACCCCUUUCGGGGAUAAGGAAACCCCUUUCGGGGCUAUUGAUGCCGUUGGACCAAGCACCGUUACGGGAGACACCGUAAUGGAGAAAUUAGAAAGAACAAUAAAGAGUAAUAAAAAUGGUAAAUUAAUAAAAUUAGUAGAGAAUUUAACAUUAUUGAAUUCAGAAACAAUAAUAGCACGUAUAGAAUCAUUUGAAUGUGAUCAUGAUAUUAUAGUACAUGGUUUAUGUACAUAUUGUUCUGAACCAAUAAAAAGGAAAUUAACAUCAAGUUUAGGAUUUAUAAGUAAUAAUAGUGAAGUAAUGAUACGUGAUGAUUUGGCAUACCAAAUGGAAUGUAAUGAAAUAUUAAAUUAUUUAAAUGAUAAGAAAUUAUGUUUAGUUUUAGAUCUUGAUAAUACACUUUUACAUGCUACUUCACAACCACCACCAACUGAUAUUAUUAUUCCAAUUAUUAAUUAUAAUCUAUCCAAUUAUAUAUCCAAUACUCAAGCCAAUAAUCAAUCCAACAAUGUAUCCGAGAAUAUAUCCAAGAAUGUAACCAAUAAUCAAGGCAACAAUAUAUCUAAUGGUAAAUAUAUACAAUAUGGAAUUGAUGAGAAAUCUAUUGAAUUACAAUUAGAAUUAGAAAAUUCUGUAAUUAAAACUAUUGUUUAUAAUGAAUCUGAAACUAUGUUUACUAAUACUUAUUUUAAAUUAAGACCAGGAAUUUUUAAUUUCUUUCAUCAAAUUAGGGAUAAAUUUACAUUAUUUCUCUUUACUACUGGUACUAAACAACAUGCUGAAAGUGCAUUACAAAUUAUUGAUCCACAACUUAUUUAUUUUUCUAAUCGUAUUUUUUCACGUUCACAUUCUAAUAUACUUAAUGGUGUUAAUACCGUUACGGUGUCAGGUCCAACUAACAUUACAGUUGUACCUGGUACUACUAAAGUACCUACUAAUACUACUAAUAGUACUACUAAUACUAUGAAUAUGGCUAAGGGUAUUAAUUUGGGUACUAUGAGUAAUAAUAUGAAUAUGGGUAUGAAUACCAGUCACCGUAACUUUAAAAAAAUUGAUAUAAAAUAUUAUAUGAAAUCAUUGGAUAAAAUAUUUCCAAAUUAUAAGAAUUUAGUAAUAAUAUUAGAUGAUACAGAACAUGUUUGGAAAGAUAAUUUAGGAUUAAUAAAAAUACAUCCAUAUUAUUUCUUCCCGGAUUUAACUUAUUUAAAUCAUUUCGAUCUAAAUAAUCUAACCAAAUCUUCAGCAUCAUUACAAUCCAUUUGUAAUUAUUCCAAUUUCAUAUGGUAUAAAUUAUUAUAUACAUCUAUUCACAAUACAUCUAUUCACAGUAAUAAUUACAGUAAUAGUAAUAAUAAUAAUAAUAGUAUUGGUAAGAAUGUGAAUGAAAUGGAUGAAGAAGGAUUUAUGAUACCAAAUUCAAUUCCAAUAAUGAAUAAUGAAUUUAGAUAUAAUGGUUAUUUAAUAUGUAAUCAACGUCCAACAAAUAUAUUUAUCAACAACAAUACUACUGAUAAGGGUACUACAACUAAUAAUAAUACUAGUACUAUUGGUACUAGAGGUACUAUUAUUGAUAAUAGAAAGAUGAAAAUAAUUGAUAAUGAUAAACAAUUAGAUAAAAUUAUUAAAUUAUUAAAUAAUAUACAUGAAACUUUUUUUCAACAUUAUUAUUCAAUUCUUCAUUCUGUCAAUAAUAGUACUAAUGGUAUUAGGGAUACUACUAGUGAUACUAAUGAUGGUGAAGUUACUAAGGGUACAGUUGGACCAAGCACCGUAACGGACACCGUAAUGGGGGAAAAAUUAAAAUAUAUGUUAGAUAAUGAAUUAAUACCAAGUGCAAGUAAAAUAUUACAAGAAAUACAUGGUAAAAUAUUAAAAAAUGUUGUAUUAUAUUCUAAUACAUAUGAAUUUAUUAAUUUAAAUGGUCUUGAUGUUAAUUUUUUAAGUUGUUCUGAUUUUGGUAAAUGGGCACUUAAAUUUGGUGCUACCAUUUCUAAUACUAUAAAUACCAAUACGGUGACUGGUACAUGUACUACUAACGGUAGUAGUCAAUGUACUGAUAGUACUGAGGAUACUGCAACUGAUACUGUUAAGAAUAUAAAUGAAGUAACACAUGUAAUAGUGAAUAAUAAAAGUAAUAUUAAAUUAAUUGAUAGUAUAAAAAAAGUACAUAUAAAAUGGUUAGAAGCUGUGUUAUAUUGUCAUGAAUAUAUAAAUGAAGAUAAGUUCAAUCCUGAUCAUUGGCAAAUACCUUAUAGAUCUUUUUGGGACAUUUUAAAUUCUUAA